UUGUCAAUUCGUUCGUAUCUCGAGGGGUCGAACAACAGAUAUCUACCCCAUCGACCACAACCAUAGCGUCUGAGUCCAAAAUGGCAGAGGCCAACGGUGCUGCGCCGCUCCUCGACGGCACCAAGGACUACCAGCCUCUCAGGAAGAAGAUGUACGACCUGAAGAAGCCACACAUCACCGAGUUCCCCAUCACCUGGGGGAACUGGUAUAAGCACGUCGACUGGCUCAACACUUACUUCAUCAUCGGCGUACCCCUGAUGGGAUUUAUCGCUGCAUACUGGACGCCUCUUCACGCCUACACGGCCAUCUUCGCCUUUCUCUACUACUUCCAAACCGGUCUCGGCAUCACAGCUGGGUAUCACCGACUUUGGUCCCAUACUUCAUACAAGGCCACCGCCCCGCUCAGGAUCUACCUGGCUGCCGUCGGUGCCGGUGCGGUCGAGGGCUCCAUCAGAUGGUGGUCGAGGGGCCACCGUGCUCACCACCGCUACACCGACACCGAGAAGGACCCAUACUCGGUCCGCAAGGGCCUGCUCUACUCGCAUAUCGGCUGGAUGGUCAUGAAGCAGAACCCCAAGCGCAUCGGCCGAACUGACAUCAGCGAUCUCAACGAGGACCCCAUUGUCGUUUGGCAGCACAAGCAUUACAUCAAGUCGGUUCUCUUCAUGGGCGUCAUCUUCCCCAUGCUUUUCUGCGGCCUCGGCUGGGGCGACUGGCAAGGCGGUUUCAUCUACGGCGGCAUUAUCCGCAUCUUCGUUGUCCAGCAAGCUACCUUCUGUGUCAACUCGCUUGCCCACUGGCUCGGUGAUCAGCCGUUCGAUGACCGUAACUCGCCCCGUGACCACGUCAUCACCGCCUUGGUCACUCUCGGCGAGGGCUACCAUAACUUCCACCACGAGUUCCCGUCCGACUACCGCAAUGCUAUCCAGUGGUGGCAAUACGACCCUACCAAGUGGUCCAUUUGGCUGUGGAAGCAGCUUGGCCUGGCCUACGACUUGAAGGAGUUCCGCCAAAAUGAGAUCGAGAAGGGCCGUGUCCAGCAGUUGCAGAAGAAGCUCGACCAGAAGCGCGCAACUCUGGACUGGGGUACCCCUCUGGAACAACUACCCGUCAUCCACUGGGACGACUUCGUUGCCGAGGCCAAGAAUGGUAAGGGGCUUGUCGCUAUUGCCGGCGUCAUCCACGACGUUACCGACUUCAUCAAGGACCACCCUGGUGGCAAGGCCCUUAUCGGAUCAGCCAUCGGCAAGGACGCUACGGCAAUCUUCAACGGUGGUGUCUACCUACACUCCAACGCCGCCCACAACUUGCUGUCUACCAUGCGUGUUGGUGUUCUUCGUGGUGGCUGCGAGGUGGAGGUCUGGAAGCGAGCCCAAUCCGAGAACAAGGACGCCAUUGUUGUCAACGACUCAGUUGGACAGCGCAUUAUCCGCGCAGGAGAUCAGGUGACGAAAGUUGUUCAGCCUAUCGCCAGCGCCGAUGCAGCAUAGUAAACAGUUACGAGGGAGAGCCAACAAUGAGAUGAAAACAAAUUAAGCACACGGCGUUUGAUUAGAGUUGCACUUAGGCGCGCCACUAGCGCCGACAUGGGAGUGUGGUCACGAGACAAACGAUGAAUAGGUUGUACAUAUUGAAGCUAUGCGGCAAGCAAUGUCGUAUGAGCGAACCAGGAGCAGCUAGUCAGUUGCAUUGAUUUGGCGUUCG